AUGAUGAGGAAUUCGGUUGCUGGUUUUGCAGUCGCCCUAGGCUUGUCCUCAUCAUGUCUUGGUGCCGAGACGAAGGAAUGCAAAACGGACACCAGCGUGAAUGAGGACAUCGCGACAACCCUUCACGUUCACAAUUCUGAGCAACUAGAUUCGUUCGAGGGAUGCACUACAUUGAACGGACACAUAGUUAUUGAAUCCGACUAUGAGGGUGAUUUCGUCUUGAACGAAGUGACUAACUUUCACGGAAACAUUUCCACGGUCGAGAAUGGUACAGCAGGGUUGGGCCUAUUCGAGCUGCGCGAUCUCAACGAGAUCGAUCAUAUACACCUGCUCGGUCUUAUUGGCGAUGUUAACUUACCGAAGCUCGAAAGCACGGGUGAUAUCGAGCUCGUACAAAUGUCGGCUAAUGGGUCAAUUGACUUGAGUUCUUUGGCCGAAGCUAAUGAUGUUUCAAUUCUCACUUUGGGUACUCAAUUUUGCGCUUCCCAGGAUUGUUCCAUCUAUGGGCCUGACAGAACAUUCCCCUACAUUGACGUCGACCUACCAUUGCUCGAGAAAACGGACUACUUCGAAGUUGCAGGGACGGUAAAAAGGUCUGGCAUCUUCUCCCCGAAGAUGAAAUUCCUGCUGAUAUUGUACUCUCCCAGGCAGGGCCUGCGGAUCAAUAUCGAAAGCACAAAUGACACGCUUGAUUUCAACGCUCCAAAGCUCCACACGCUGAAUGGGUCAUUUGAGGCCUACGGCGGCUUAUCAAGUCUAAGCCUUGGCUCUCUGGGCAAUACUACAGCACGCACGACGCUGAAUACAGACACACCCCUCGCUUUCUACUCCACUAUACAGACAGCCCAACAUUUUUACGUCUGGGGAAAACUACGCAGGUUUGUGAGCCAUGUCCCGAAUCCUGGGAUUGCCUAG